AUGCCGUUUACGAGAAACGUUGCAACGCAAACGAUUCCCGUUCAUACUGUCGAGCGCUCAUCGACAAUGUGUCUAACACCGAAUUGCCUUACGGCCGCCAAUAUUCAUACGGAGCAGUUUCAUUUCAGCAUGCUGAAGGUUACUUGUAUACAGCAAAUUGAGUACACCGUUCAGUUACUUCCAACUAUAGAUAAACUCAGUGAAGAGGAUCUAAUGAAAAUGGACGUGGUCCUUCCCGAAGGAAAACUUAACGGCAGGUUGUUCAACUUAAACACAAAGAAUGAAAAUAUAAUAUUGAGGCGUCUUUGUCGACCAGAGAUUUGGAAACAAUUUGGUUUCUCUCAUAUAAAACCAGAAACAACUUCAAAACAUAGACAAUUUAAUAAACAAUAUUGUCUUUACGCCUCUGGUUAUCAGUGUUCGCCACCAUUAAUAACAAUCGAUCAUGUUAACCAACCAUUUGGAUCGUUGUCACAACUCACGUUCAUGCUAAAUUGGAUUACCGACGUCACACACGUAACAUUGUUGCGUCAGAGGCUUACAAAUAAACAAUGGAGCACAUUAUCUUUGGAAAUAGCGGCAAUUGAUCUAGCGUUUCGCAGUUUAAUGAAAAAUCUCUUACUUCAACGGUACCCACUCGUGUUUUCCUCCGGAUAUCAUGAUGUUAGUGAAAAACUGCAAUAUAUAACACGGUGUAUUCCACUUAUUUCAAAAUCUUUAAUGCGUAUUAUUCAAAACAGCCAAAACGAGAAUUUCCGAUCAAAAGCGACUGAAUUUGCCCAACGAACACGCGCUCAUACUAAUUUAUCAUUCAUACCAAACGGUCGUAUAAAAUAUGACGUAGAUUCAACACCAGAACAAAUGAGGAAAAUUUUUUCAAAUGGUUUAUAUUCGAUUGCAAGAGACAUCAAAGUACAUAUACCAGCUUUUCAAGAGUAUUCAUCAAGCGACGAAGAAACAUUGAAUACUAAAGUCGUGAAAAAAUCAAAAAUAAUAUCUAAAUUAAAUCGCAAUAAAUCAAAUUCAGACAAUGUGUUUGAAGACCUUUUCGACAGUUAUGGGAUCAACAACUAUGGGGAAGCUAAAGAUAUACAACCUGUAUAUUUAGAAUGUGAUACUGACAAUAAUGAUGAUAUUGACUUAUUUGCCAGUGAUAUUACUUCGGAUGUUGAUGAUUAUACAGGAUCUUUAUUUGACGCUGAUGAUGAAGAUAAUCGAGAUUUUGGUGAGACUGUAUUCGAGGAACCCUCUGGCUCUGAUACUGAUAACUUUUUGCAGGAGGAUCUGCAUUAUCUCGACAACGAAAACCGUUCAAAUUUCAGUGUAUUUGAUCAAUGUAAUAAUGCUGAUUUUUCAGAUUCUAAGAUUACUGAUGUUAAGGACGCUCGUGUAGUUCCUGACGAUGAUGUGGAACUAUUAAACUUUGAUGAAUUUGAGGAUAAACAUUUUUUUGUGAAUACAAGGGACACUUUGGAGUUAUCGCAUACUUCUGAUUUUUGCGUUACGAACAAUAAAAUUGUAUCGACUUCGCAAAUACAGUGUGCAAAUCUUCAUUGUUUUUCGGACGAACAGCAUAAUAAUUCCGAAGAUGUAUUUUUUGACAUCAUGUUUGAAGAGUGA